AUGGAGGAAGUCUUUAAGGAAUUGCACGAGGAUAAUACAAUACAACAUAAACAGUUGGCACUAAAGUAUGAUGUCAGGCCAAGCGAUAUAUCCAAGGCAUUGGCCAACAAUGGCAUCCCAUCUACCAAGCGACUAUUGGAGGCGGAGCAAGAGGAUAUGCUUGUCAAGGAGAUAGAGAUGUCGAUUGCACAUUACAAGCCAAUGACAAAGAGACAGGUGUUGACUCGAGUUGUGGAGAUGUUCACUGAGCGAACAGGAACAAGCAGAGACAAAUUGCCAUCGGAUGACUGGUGGAAGGAGUUCAAGAAGAGACAUCCAACUCUAAAGUUGAGGAAACUCAAACAGCAAGAUCUUGUGCGUAUGAACGCCGAGCGCAAGGCAUCACUUAAUGAGUUUAGAGAGACCAUCAUGAAGUUCAUCCUGGAAAAAGGCAUCGAACAGCUGUGA